UCCCUCCCUGGGAUGUGGGCAGAGGGGAGGAGCGUGGGGGACGGUGCUAGGGAGCUUCGCUAGGGCUGGAGAAAACCUGGAGGUAUUGGCUUUUUACAGUCAUCCUGCGAGUUUUGAGCUGACUCUUUCCUGAAGCCUGUUAGUUGUAACAGAGGUCUCUUUAUGGUGUGGGGUUUCACAGCUGAAAAGUGUCUGCUGCUUGCAUAGGGCUCUCCGUACUUCUUGGAGUGACUGCUCUACAGGAAGGAGGGAUGUGGCAGCAGCAGCAACAGUUAAGCCAAGUUUUCUGACAUUUCGAGGACAAACAGCACCAGAACUCCUUGAACUGCAAAACCAGAGGAAGUGUGGCAGCCAUCCUUACCUCCCACUUUCCUUCUCUACUGUGACGUUAUUCUUGGGACCUUUGAUUUCAUCCCCAGUGAGUGUGCAGUGAAGGGCCUACCUCAGGAAGAGAGCUGAGGAAGCAGUCUGCGGACCUGAGGGAGCCAUGGCAUUGAGCUCUUAUGUCCUUCACUUCUUCUAUAAGUUCAAAGUGUUGCUGCUUGUCACUUUGUGUUUGAUGGUGCUAUGGGCCACACUCAGUUACAUCGUGGACUCUCGACAGGCAAUUCCUAAAGCUAAGAGCGUGGUGGAAAAUUUCAGAAAGGUAACCAGCCUGGAGGAGGAAGAGGACAGUCAGAAGGAGAAGACCAAAUCGACUGUGAAAGUUCCCACAAUGCAGUCAUCUCAGGGUCAUUGCCCAGCUGUCUCUCCAUACCUACGAGGUGCCAGCAAACUCACCUUCAAAGCAUCUCUCACACUGGAAGAAGUAGAAAAGGAGAACCCUCAGGUAGCCAAGGGCCGGUAUCACCCCAGAGAGUGCUCAGCAUUGCAACAUGUGGCCAUCCUCAUCCCGCACCGCAAUCGAGAGAGGCACCUACUGUACCUCCUGGAGCACCUCCACCCAUUCCUACAGAGGCAGCAGCUGGACUAUGGCAUCUACGUUAUUCACCAGGCUGGCAGCACGAAGUUUAAUCGAGCUAAGCUGUUGAAUGUAGGAUACCUAGAGGCCCUGAAAGAAGAGAACUGGGACUGUUUCAUUUUCCAUGAUGUGGAUCUGGUGCCAGAGAAUGACUUUAAUAUUUACAUGUGUGACAGACAACCAAAGCACCUUGUAGUUGGCAGGAACAAUACCGGAUACAGGUUACGUUACCAAGGUUAUUUUGGAGGUGUAACUGCUCUAACGAGAGAACAGUUUUCCAAGGUGAAUGGAUUCUCUAACAACUACUGGGGUUGGGGUGGAGAAGAUGAUGACCUUCGAAUCAGGGUUGAGAUGCAGAAGAUGCGAGUGAUGAGGCCGUCCCCCGACGUAGCCCGGUACACAAUGAUCUUCCAUACUCGAGACCAGGGCAAUGAAGAGAAUGGAGAGAGGAUGAAGCUGUUACGCCAGGUGUCUAGAAUGUGGAAAACAGAUGGGCUGAAUUCUUGUUCAUAUAAAUUGCUCUCAGUGGAACAUAACCCUUUAUACAUCAACAUCACAGUGGAUUUCAGCAUGCAGCCUAAGAUCUCGUAAGGGUGUGCACCACACAGAUUCUAGGAGAUGGGGACGCACCUUCUGUUUGUGGUAGCUGUUACAGCAGCUGAAUCCAGCAUUCUGCUUGAACGAGUACUUCAGUAGCACAGAGGAAAGUGUUUUUCUUCACAGCAUCUAACUGAUUGGUUCAGAAUUUCCUUUUGUUAGGACUGGAGACGUGGACUGACCUUAGGGACAGCUCCUGGUGUUGUUCUGUGCACUUUUUGCUGGGACGUAUAUAUAAGUUUCCUUGUUUGGGCUGGUCCAGUGGAAGGACUUGAACUACGCCUCCUGAAAAAUUUCUGCUCUCACAGCUAAACUUACUGUUUGUUGUACUGGAAAGGCAGCCUAGCACUGCCAACAUUGCCAUGACUUCAAAAGGAGCAGGCCAGUCUUUUUUCAUUCAAAGCACAAGAAUACUUCAGCAUCUACAAACUUGCUGAGAAGAGCUAUUUUUUUCCAGCCUAAGGAAAAGCUGCUUAUGUGUGAUGGAAGGCAAUAAUGGUAACAGUCGAGGGGAUGUUAAAAACCUCUCAAUAAAAUAAAACCCAUUUCAUUCAAAAGGCA